CUGCGCUGCGCCACUUCCGGUGUCACCUGCGCUGUCAGGGCGGUAAACAAGGUGCGCCGCGCGGGAGUCGGGAGACGGGAGACGGUCGGGAUGCAGCCGCCGGGAGCCGCUCCAGGCCGCGUCCCGCUCGCGCUGCUGGGCGUCCUGCUCCUCCGGGGUGUUCACACGGUCCUCACCUUGGAGAUUAAAGUGGAUGCGCAUGUCCGGGGUUACGUCGGAGAGAAGAUCAGGUUGAAAUGCAUUUUCAAGUCGACGUCGUCUGUCACUGACAAGCUCACCAUAGACUGGACCUACCGGGCCCCCAGCAGCAGCCGCACAGAGUCAAUUUUCCACUACCAGUCCUUCCAGUACCCCAGCACCGCAGGCACGUUUCGCGACCGGAUCUCCUGGGUCGGAGACGUGUACAAAGGGGAUGCGUCCAUAAGCAUAAGUAACCCCACGACCAGGGACAACGGGACCUUCAGCUGUGCCGUGAAGAACCCCCCAGACGUGCACCAUAACAUUCCCACGACGGAGCUCACAGUCACAGAGAGGGGGCCUCCUCUGCCUGCCCCUCCCGCAGGCUUCGGCACCAUGCUGUCCUCCGUGGCCCUCCUCUCCAUCCUCGUCUUCGUCCCCUCGGCGGUGGUGGUGGCGCUGCUGCUGGUGAGAAUGGUGAGGAAGUCUGCGGGGCUGAGGAAGAGGAGCAAGUCCGGCUACAAGAAGUCGUCCAUCGAGGUUUCAGAUGAGCUGAAGAUGGAGAGCGGCGUGCUCUGCCUCCUGCGCCUCACCCUGAGGCCAGUGCUGCUGGGCUAUUUCUUGGGCCUGAAUGACCUGAUCGUGUCCUCGCUGGAGCUGACCGUGCACGCGGGUGAGCCCGCCCUGCUGGGCUGCGUGUUCCAGAGCGUGGAAGGGAAACGCGUGACCAAGGUCGACUGGACAUUCUCACCCAGGGAGCACGCCCAGGUCGAGUACGUGCUGUACUAUUACGCCAACCUCAGCGUGCCGGUGGGGCGCUUCCAGACCCGGGCGCGCCUGGCGGGGGCCCUCUCGCACAACAACGGCUCUCUGCUGCUCCAAGACGUGCAGGAGGCCGACCAGGGAACCUACACCUGCGAGAUCCGCCUGGAACUGGAGAGCCGCGUGUUCAAAACCGAGGUGGCGCUGCACGUGCUGCCGGAGGAGCCCCGAGAGCUCACGGUCCAUGUGGGUGAUUCAGCUCCGAUGGGCUGUGCUUUCCAGAGCACGGAAGAGAAGCUCAUGACCAAGGUCGACUGGACGUUCUCGCCAGGGAAGCAUGCCAAGGAGGAGGUGAUGCUGCGCUAUUACCCCACACGCGGGCCCGGGGGGUACUCCCAGAGCGGGGGCCGCUUCCGGAGCCGCGUCGCCCUGGCGGGGGACACAGCGCGCAACGAGGGCUCCGUCCUGCUCCAAGAGGCGCGGGAGUCCGACACAGGAAGCUACACCUGCAGCAUCCACCUGGGGGACCUGACUUUCAGGAAAACCUUCGCGCUGCACGUGAUUCCGGAGGAGCCCCGAGCACUGGUGACCACCGUGGCCCGCAGCCCCGAGGUCCUGGGCAGCAACCAUCUGGUGAUCAUCGUGGGCAUCGUCUGCGCCACUGUCCUGCUGCUUCCUGUGCUCAUCCUGACUGCGAGGAGGAUCCAUGGGAGUAAGAGUUCCGGGACGUCCACAGCCCUGGUGAAGAGCCUGGAGGACAGGGACAAGGCUCCCCCUGAGAAGCACGUUUACUCCUCAAUCAACACGUGGGAGGUGACCAAGGAAGAAGAACCAAGUGACAGAUCAGAGGCCACCUACAUGACCAUGCACCCAGUGUGGCCUUCAGCACUGAAUUACCCGCCUGAGAAAAAGUGGGCCGAGGGAGUGCCCCAAACAGGGCAAGGCUUUUAAGAAGAGUGCCCUCACCUUCCCGAGGCAGAGGCGCCCCUGUGCGGCCUGUCCCUGUGCCAGCCAUGCAGACCCCCCACCCCCACCCCAGCUGUCCUGCCGCCCUGGCCGGCCAGAGGCUGAAGAUGGCCACAGACGUGGGCCCUCUGGAGCGGACCCUGGCUGAGCUGCCCCAGCUGCACCAAGCACCCCAUCCGAUCCAUCCCUCAGGUUGAAUGUGAUCCUGGGAAGAAUCACAGUGAAAACCAACCCGAAUGUUUCCUGUGGCACAUCGUCCCUAAAUAAAUGUGACCUGUGGAUGUCA